AUGAGUGGACGGGGCAUUGUGCCUAUACUUGAGCGACACGGCGAUGUGUACAUCACUGGCAGCACCGUUGUGCGACAUAAAGUCGGGAGCAAUGGCCAUGAGUUGGACUUAUUUCCGAGCGGAUAUGACUUGCAGUUGGUGCUUUCCGCUAAAAAUCUCUACAAGUUACGGCAGCGCCAUCCACCACCAAGACUCUUGUCGAGAAAGCCAGGUGAUAACAGGAAAGAGGGAAAGGAAGAAGAUGAAUUACAACAAAAGAACCAGUGGAGUGGGGGGGAGAAAUCUCAUGCACCUCUACCCCCACCACCGCCGCCGCCAGAGAUGAUGUGGCGCGAGAGCCUCGGGCUGAUUCGAGCGUUGGUUCCACUGCACAAUCAUCCUUCUCGUAUGUGGGCUGCGGGCCGCCAUGAAUUGGGCGCCAACUGCUAUGGGUUUGCCAUUGAGUACUUCAGCACGAAGAAGGGCCCCAAACCGUCCGCGCAACGCACCGUGUUGCAGCGCUACAUGAAGGAGAUACAGUGCCGCUGCGUAAAUGACGUGUUCACGGAUGUGAAACUGGUAGCACUCGACGGGACUCCUGGCGGACUGCGAGUGAGAGAGUUUCACGUUGGCCUUAUGCGACCACCGCAGUCUGGGUCAGAGCCCGCAAGGACACUGUAUGCUUCCAGUGAGGGCUCUCCGUUCUUGGAGCAGGAAUGGUGUUGUGUUUUUCGCGAGGCGCAGAUGAAUUACUGGCACGAGCGGCUUGAGGAUAAACUCAUAGAGGAUCCAGAAGUGUUCCAGUACCAAAUUUACGCCAUGGAGUUUCCCAACACGACCACCGCGUCUACUGCAGCAGGGAGGGCAACGCAAAAGCACGAAAAACAACCACUUCUCUGUCAACUUGUUCUUUCCACAGAACGCCUGUAUGUUGUUCCUCGGCAUGACGCCAAGCUAUUGGCGGUAGAACUACCGUUGCAUCACAGCGAGAUGCACUUGCGGUGGUUUACCGUUGCUGCGCUGCAAUCCAUUUCCUUUGACCCCUACACCGGUGUCAUUGUGUGCGUUGGUCGUCAACAACAUGAGGGAAAGCAGCAGAAAAGUUCAUGUGCGCGUCAGAGCUUGACACAUGCGGGUUCUGCAGCGGAUUCCAGCAAGGAAGUGGGAUUCACACUGGGGUUUUUUAGCGUGGCGGAGGCGGAGGAGGCGGUGUUGGAGAUUCAACGCGUGUGGGAAUUGACGCACCGCCAUGAGGACUUCCCACUCGCAUGA